AUGGGAGUGAGCAUUGACAUGUUGAGUUGGUUACCCGAUUCAUUGCUUUCAACCAUUGUUUCCUCUCUCACUUUUAAGGAAGCGGUGAGAACAUCUAUUUUAUCAAAAAAUUGGGUUAACAUAUGCAAAUCAACAACAAACAUAGAGUUCAAUGAACUCUUUUUUGUUAAAUAUGAUAACUCUCUUGAUAUCAUAGAUGCUCAAAGAAGGGCAUUUUCGGAUUUUACUAAAAAAUGGAUCCAAAAUUGCGACCAAUCCGUUAUUGAAAAAUUCAGUUUAUCGUUAACAUUGCCAGAUAUUUAUGUUCAACUUAUAGAUCGUUGUCUUACAUUUGCAUUAAGUAAAGGAGUUAAGCAUUUAGAGAUUGAUUUCACCUAUCCAACUUGGAUGGAAGAUAAUUUUUAUUAUGAUAUUUAUGUGGCUAUGGUUGAGUUGCCUAGAUAUGUUUAUGCAUAUAGUGGAAUUGAAUCAUUGAAAUUGUAUUCAUGUAAUUUUAUUGCUAGUGAAGUGGUUAAUUUUCAUUCACUCAAAGAGAUUUCUUUGGGUUAUAUGAGAUUAAGGUUGUUUGCUAUUAAAGCACUUUUGACCAAUUGUAAAAAGUUGGAGAGUUUGAGUUUUUAUAAGUGUUGGAAUUCGGAUGAUGAUUUUGAUUUAAAGGAAGAAUAUUUGGGGCUGAAAAAAUUGGUUAUCAAUAGGUGUCAUUUUAAGUUUAAUAUUUUAAGAAUUAAUGCCCCAAAUUUGAAGGUUUUCAAUUAUCAUGGGUUGAUGACACUUUUUGUGAUUGAUAUUCGAUCACCAGGAUUGGAAAAGGUUAAUCUUGACUUUUCACUUGAACAUGGAAGUCAAGGACAUGGUCAUUAUCUUUACCAAUUUUUAUGUCAACUUGCUCCUGCUCAAGUUUUGAUGGUAUGCAGUUACUUGCUUCAGUUUAUGGGAAUCGCAUUUAUGUUAAAUAGUUGCCCUAAGCUAGAGCAUCUCACUAUUGAAAUGUGUGACCGAAAAGUUUUGUUGGGUUAUGAACCAAUGUUCACCGUUGACCCAGAUACAUUUUGGGUUGAAACUGCAAAACUUUACAAAUGUGUGAGAAUAAAUCUAAAAGAAGUGGUGAUCAAGGGAUUUAAGGGAACUAAAAAUGAGUUCAAUGUGAUAAAUUAUUUUGUUGUUCGUGCAAGGAACUUGAAAAAGAUGAGUAUCGAAAUACUAAAAGAUGAGAAAGUUGCUACACGUCGUCAAGCUGCUGAACUUCUACUUAUGUCUCCAAAGUUGUGUGCUUUAAAUGGAGGGGAACAAGAAAGUUCUUUUAACUGUUCUCAUAAUAUGGUGUUUGGAAAUGAAGAGGUGAAAAGUAUGCCAAAGAGUACAAAUUGUGCUCACAUGUUAUCUUUGACUUUGUUUUCUAACACCAUUUGGUAUGUGGGUGUUUGGUUGAAUGAUGGAGAACCAUUUAUUGGGGUGAAUGUUUACGCUCCGUAUGAUGUCUUUGUGAAAAAACGGGACGGGUGGCCAAGGUUGGAGGGGUUAUGCAUUGAGUCAAUUUUUCAUGAAGAUGCAGAGUUUUUGAUUAAGGGUUUUGAUGUAGAAGUAGAUUUGUAUGAAGACAUCGAAGAAGAGUUUAUGUGGUUCUUGAAUGACUUUCAUGGAAUGGAAAAUGGUAUUCUUGUGGCAAAUGAAAUUGUUGAUGCAGCUAGGAAAAAGAACAUAGAGUUGAUUUUGUUCAAUGUCGAUUUCGAUAAGGCCUACGAUUUUGAGAAAUGA